AUGUCUUUUGGUGCCUCUCCAUCCAACCAUCUGUCAUGCCAGAAGCUUGUGCGGGCGUCAUUGCCGAUUGUGAAGCUGGUGCAUAGCUGGAACAGUGGCCUCACCUUUGUUGUUGGCAACAGUGAUAGAGAAAGUGUUGCCGACGCCAGGAUGGCCUCCACCAUUGGCCAUAUUCCUCGUGUGAAGCAAGCGGGGCCUUGCUCCUCCCCGCGCGCCACCUCGGGCGCCAUGAACGCCGGCAUGCCGCCGAGGGGCCACGUCCGCGGUGUACGCCCGGACGACGCGCUCGCCCAGCCACCCGCCGCCGCUCCUGGCCGCGACGUCGGCGAGGCCCCCCCCGGCGCGAACUCGAGGAAAGGCUCCCGCGGGCGAGCAUGCCGACGCGCGCUCGGUCGAACCCUCCGCCGCCGCAGGCGAGCACGCAACGCGCGCUCCGCCGGCCCCUCCGCCACUGCGGGCCCGCACGCCGACGCGCGCUCCGCCGGGACCUUCCAGUGCGGGCUAGGCGAGCACGCUGACGUGAGCUCGGCCGGGCGCUCCUACCCCGCGAGUGAUCCCGCCGGUGCGCACUCCGCCGGGCGCUCCGCGGCCGCGGGCAAGCACGCCGCUGCUUCCUCCGCCGAGGGCUCCGCCGCCGUGGGUGAGCAGGACGACGCGCCCUCCGUCGCCCCAGAUCCGCUUGUGGCCAGCCAGAGCUCGAGGACGGUCGACACAGUGGAGGGAGGAGGCUCGAAGCGGCAGCGAGCAAGGGUGGAGAUGGGAGGAGAGGGCCCGCCACCGCGCCGCGCCCUCGCCGCCGUCCUGCAGGGCCGCAGCCAUGCCGCAUGUUCGCCGCGGUCCCGCUUCCCGCCACCGAGCCGCCUCCACCGACAACGGGCCGCCGAGCCGCCUCUGCCGACCACGAGCCGCAGCUGCACGCCACGGAGGGCUGCCGGCGCAUGCCACGACCGCGAGCUCUAG